AUGGAGCACUUAUAAAACAUGAAAAUGCUAUAUAUCAUAAAAAUUCAGUUGAAGCUUCAAAAGACUUUUUAAAAAUGUACGAUCGGCCAGAACUAGAAAUAAUUAAUAGAUUAGAUGAUCAUAGAUUAAAACAAAUCAAGGAAAAUCGUUCAAGAUUAUUACCAAUCGUUAAUACUAUUAUUACUAUGGGUAAACAAAACAUACCAUUUAUAGGUCAUAGAGAUGACGGAAAUUUGCUUGAUAAACCUGAAAACUCCAGUAUUACGAAUGAAGGGAAUUUUCGUGCUAUUUUGAGAAUGCGUGUUAGAGCUGGAGAUAACGAGUUAAAAAAUCAUUUGCAAAACAGUUCACAAACGGCCACUUAUAUUUCUAAAACUACACAAAAUGAGUUGAUUGAUAUUUAUUCAGUCAGAGAAGAUUUCAUUUCCUUUGUUGAUGUCCAUCAAGUUAAUUUCGAAAAUAAUGAUGUUGAACCGAAAAUAACUGGUACUUUGUUGGGAAAAACUGUUGUUAAAAUAAUGAACCAAAAUGGAUUGAACUUAGAUUACUGUGUUGGUAUUUGUACUGAUACUUGUAGUGUCAUGGCUUCAGAGCAAGCUGGUGCUGUUUCUGAAAUAAUGAAGCAUACAAAGAAUGCAGCCAGAGCUCUUUGCCGAAGUCAUGCACUAAAUUUGGUAUUAUCUAUGUCAGCAAAUAUUUCAAGUGUUAGAAACUGCUUUGGUACAAUUAAAGAAAUAAUUGCUUUCUUUCAUAGUUCAGCCAAAAGAAAUUUUGUUCUCAAGCAAAAAUUAGGUUCCGAGUUGAGUGGCUUAUGUGAUACAAGAUGGGUAGAACGACACGAAUCUUUAAUGUUUUUUAAUGAUAAUUUAUUACAAAUACUACAGGCUUUAGAAUGUAUAUGUACAUGGGAUGAUGUGUCUUCUUCUUCAAAAUCACAUUGCUUUAUUCGUUGCUUAACAUCUACUGACUUUAUCGUCUCU